UUCAACCCCUCAUGAAUGCCUACAUUCCACCGGGCGGCUGGCGACGACAGGCAGGCAAAAAUUACACAAUCAUUGCACGUCGAUCGGUGAAAGUGUAUUGAAGUACAUAUUAUUUUGUCGCCGCAAAAAAGAGGUGUAGCUUAUCAAGCCCCCGAUAGUGAUAACAGUGAUAAUUUGAAGUGAAUUUGUUGUACAUUGUGUCCAUUCCGGAGAGAAGCCCGUCGAUUGUCAACAUGGCCCAGACCAAACUCCACAGCAGCAUUUUCCACCCGACCUUGCGCAAGCUCCAGUGCCAAGAUGUGGAUAUCGCUGUGCAUAAUUUGAUGUACCCGAUCUUUUUGGUGGAAGACGAUGAGGCCAUCCAGGAGAUACCCAGCAUGCCCGGGGUGGCUCGGUACGGAAUCAAUCAACUGAGGAAGCAUCUAGCUCCGCUGGUUGAGAAAGGACUUGCCUCGAUUUUGGUCUUUGGUGUUGUCGAUAAGUUACCUAAGGACUCCACGGGUUCGGCUGCCGACAGCCCAAACAAUCCAGUGAUCAAAGCGCUCCCACAGCUUCGCCAAUGGUUUCCGGAUCUGCUUAUUGCUUGUGAUGUUUGCCCGUGCCCCUACACCAGUCACGGCCAUUGUGGCAUCCUAACCGAAGACGGCACCAUCGACAAUGAACCGAGCAUCCGGAGGAUAGCAGAAAUUUCUCUGGCCUAUGCCAGGGCUGGUGCUCACAUUGUGGCACCCUCGGACAUGAUGGACAAUCGGAUCGGUGCCAUCAAACGGAUUCUGCGGGACAAUAAACUGGAAAAUCGUGUUUCGGUUUUGUCGUAUUCGGUGAAAUUCGCAUCUGGGUUUUACGGCCCAUUCCGUGACGCGGCCAAAUCUGCACCGGCUUUCGGCGAUCGCAAAUGCUACCAGUUGCCACCGGGCUCGAAAGGAAUUGCUAAACGAGCAGCGAAACGAGACGUCGAGGAAGGCGCUGAUAUGUUGAUGGUCAAACCGGGCAUGGCUUACUUGGACAUCGUGAAACAAGUCAAGGAUGACUACCCGGAACUGCCACUCUUCAUUUAUCAGGUAUCGGGCGAGUAUUCGAUGCUGUUGAAUGCCGGUAAAAUCGGUGCAUUCGAUCUGCGGACGGUCCUGUGGGAAGUGCUGAUUGGGAUGCGGCGAGCUGGAGCAGACUGCAUUAUUACCUAUUUCACACCCACUUUGCUAGAUUGGUUGCGGGAAUGAAUGAAGGAAUCGGAAACGAUCACUAACAGUUUAUUGUAGUUUUAUAUGAAAAAGUUUUUUUUUCAUUCUGGUUUUCGGAUGCUUUUAGGAAAGCAAUUACUAAUCGUGGUGUAUUUAUAGUCACUCACUUAGAAUCUUUCUCAAAUAUAUGAAAAGACAGUGUCAGUAUCUUAAAAAAUUAAGUUUAAGAAAGAAAUUCUUCAAAAACAAUAUAUUUUUGAAUCGAAAACUGUAUUUUGAAAAGAAAUCUUGUUUUUGGGCAAAAGUUUCUCUGUAAAAUAGGGUAACGGGUCUCUUUUAGACCGCU